CUGCCAGCCAAUCAAACAGCAGCGUGGCCCGCUACUAACCUCUGCCCCGCUGCCGCGAAGGAGCGCGGGAAAUCCCGAGUGCAUCUGGCUUUCCACAGGUUGCUGGAGCCAUGGCCACCUCUUCGGUGUCCAAGGGUUGCUUUGUGUUUAAGCCAAACUUCAAGAAGAGAAAGAUCUCUGUGCCAAUAGAGGACUAUUUUAAUAAAGGGAAAAAUGCAUCCGAGGACAGUAAGCUUCGCUUUGAAACUUACCAGUUAAUAUGGCAGCAGAUGAAAUCUGAAACUGAGCGACUACAGGAGGAAUUAAAUAAAAACCUAUUUGACAGUCUCGUUGAAUUUCUGCGGACAUCUCAUUCUGGGCUCUGGAAGAAUUCUAAAGACUGGAGCUGUGAAAUAAAACUCAGAGAAAUUCCAACUGCUGCACUUGUUCUAGGUGUGAAUGUAACAGAUCAUGAUUUAACACUCAGAAGUCUAACAGAAGUCCUUCAGAAUAAUGUCACUCCUUAUGUAGUCUCAUUGCAAGCUAAAGAUUGUCCAGAUAUGAAACAUUUUUUGCAAAAGCUGGUCUCACAGUUGAUGGACUGUAAAGUAGAUGUGCAAUCCAAAGAAAAAGAAAGUGUUCAGGUCAUCCAGAAAAAUGUACAUUAUUCAAUGGAUUCUCUUUCUGCUUGGUAUAUGAGUGUCACACAGAAGACAGACCCCAAAAUGCCAAGAAAAAAGAGGACUUCUUCCAGCCAGUGGCAGUCUCCUCCUGUUGUGCUUAUCCUAAAGGAUAUGGAAAGCUUCACCACAAAAGUACUCCAAGAUUUUAUAAUUAUCAGCAGUCAACAUCUACAUGAAUUUCCACUAAUACUCAUUUUUGGAAUCGCUACAUCUCCUGUUGUCAUCCAUCGGCUGCUUCCUCAUGCAGUAUCAUCUCUAUUGUGUAUAGAACUGUUCCAGUCUUUGUCUUGUAAGGAGCACCUGACUACAGUACUUGAUAAGCUUCUUCUUACAACUCAGUUUCCAUUUAAGCUAAGUGAAAAAGUGUUGCAGAUUCUGACCAACAUCUUUUUGUAUCAUGAUUUCUCAAUUCAAAACUUUAUAAAAGGACUUCAGCUUUCUCUAUUAGAACAUUUCUAUUCCCAGCCACUCAGUGUUCUGUGCUGUAAUCUCCCAGAAGCCAAGAGAAGAAUACGUUUUUUAUCAGCUAAUCAGUGUGAAAACAUCCGACGUCUUCCAUCAUUUAGAAGGUAUGUGGAAAAGCAGUCUUCAGAAAAGCAAGUUGCAUUGUUGACCAGUGACAAAUCUUUGAAGGAGGAAACACAAUCAUUACUAGAAAAUCUGCAUGUUUACCAUAAAAAUUACUUCCUGGUUUUGAGAUGUCUUCAUCAGUUCACCUCUUCUCUUCCCAAAUACCCAUUGGGUCGACAGAUCAGAGAGCUGUACUGCAUGUGUUUAGAAAAGAACAUAUGGGAUUCAGAGGAGUAUGCAUCAGUCUUGCAGCUGCUGAGGUUGUUGGCAAAGGAUGAACUGAUGGCCAUGCUUCAGAACUGUUUCAAGCUUUUUCAGUCCUCUUCUGGAAAGGAGCUUGGCAACACAGCAAAAAAAAUAGAGGAGUUCCUGGCCCAGUUUCAGAUCCUUGAUGCAGAAACCAAAGAGGAAGAAGAUACUUCUCAGUCACAGUCAAAGGGGCUUCAGAAGACGGACCUCUAUCAUCUUCAGAAGUCCUUACUGGAAAUGAAAGAGUUAAGAAGUACCAGUAAGAGGCAGACCAAGUUUGAAGUCCUCAGAGAACAAGUUGUGAGCUUCGUUGACAGUCUGGUGAGAGAGUACCUCCUGCCUCCAGACACCCAGCCUCUGCACGAGACGCUGUACUUCAGCUCUGCCCACACCCUUCGCCAACACCUGAAUGCCGCCCCUCGCAUAGCCCUCCACACCGCGCUCAACAACCCCUAUUACUACCUCAAGAACGAAGCACUGAGAAGUGAAGAAGGUUGCAUUCCCAAUGUUGCCCCAGACAUCUGCAUAGCAUACAAACUGCACCUGGAGUGCAGCAGGCUAAUCAACCUUGUGGACUGGUCAGAGGCUUUUGCAACAGUUGUGACAGCUGCUGAAAAAAUGGAUGCAAAUUCUGUAACCUCAGAAGAAAGGAAUGAAAUUAUCCACCUCCAGUGCUCGGUUUAUUAGAGCUGUCUCUGAAUUAGAACUUUUGGGAUUUAUAAAGCCUACCAAACAGAAGACUGACCAUGUGGCAAGGCUAACAUGGGGAGGCUGCUAGACAGCAAACGAGUGAAGCCAGAAAGGUAACAGUUAGCCUAAGAGAAAAAGACCAGUCAUGUUUACACACGGCUCAAAGAAGAUUAUCUGGCAAGAAGAGAAGUGUGGAAUCCCUGUGUGAUGUUUAAACAGAAAAGUAGACUGUUAAUCCCAAACAGGAAUGUAUCAAAGCCCCUUUGGAGAACUUUGAAAUCCAACAAAUAACACGCAACUAGAAACUUUCUCAGAAUAUCACUGCAAUUCUCAGUCAUGAAGAAAUUAUGAAUAAAUUGUUCUUGAACAUGAAUAAUAUAUAAAAGUAAUAAAUCCCUUUAUCUAAGAGAA